AUUCCCGUCGUCCGUACGGAAAGACGGCGUCACGAAGCAGAGAGAGAGAGAGAGAGAGAGAGAAAAGGAGGCUCUCGCCGGAGGAGGAGCAGCGGCAGGAGGGAAGCAAAGAGGCGAGCACGUCCGCGCCUCCUCAUUUUCAACCUUGACGAGCGCGGCAGGCACGACACCGGGAUGGCUCGCUGACACGUUUCGGGAGAACAAACAAACCAAAAAAAAAAAACAAAAAACAAAAAGGUGCGUUGACCGGCUAAAUAUGAAAAGACCGCCGUUGCGUUUUGUUUGGAGCGUCUCGUUGUUCGGUAAGAAUCGCGGCGGUUGAAAAGAAGCCGAACGUGACUGACUUCCUUCCAUCGGCGAUUUGCUUUGCUGCGGCGCAUCCUGAGAGAUGUGAUGAUGUAUCUCGUGUGUCAAGAGGAAAAAAAAUUGAAAAAAUGAAUUUAGCAGGCCGUGUGUCGAAAAUGGAAAUGCUUGUUUCAACGAGGCUGAAGUUGGCUCCGCCGUCGCUCAAUUCAGCCUUUUAAAAAACGGCGUGUUGUCCAAGACGCUUGUUUCCUCAGUGACUACAGAAAAAAAUCAAGUUUCUCAGCUUUUUCACUCUCGACCCCAAGUUUCAAACGAGACUGCUUAUGCGAAAUAAAAAAAAAUAACUUAAAAGUGUCCAACAUAUACAUUUAUAAUGUCUUCCGGAUUUAUUUUUAUUUUUUAAUUUAAAAAAAUGUAAUUUAACAAUUUAAUUAAUUAAUUUUUUUACCCAGAAUGUCUUCUUUGGUGGCUUUACUUGGUAAUGUAAAGGGGACACACGAUGGCCCAUUCUUGACUUAUUUGAGAUGAGUAAAAAAAAAAAAUAUAUAUGUCCAAAUCAUUUCCCUCCUCAGAGGUCACUUCAUUAGGUACACCCGCAUCGUCCAUCUUUUCAAGUUGACGCACUUGCCAGCUGCUGCUCAGCUUGCCUCACGAGAAGCUGUUUCCGGGCAUGCAAUAUCAGCCAUGAUGUCCCGCUAUGACAAAAAAAAAAAAAAAAAUGUCUAAGAACAUCGUCUGUACAAGCGUCCGGACGCCGCGGCGCCUUCUCUGAAUACGCGGCGGCCGCAGGACACUCCGGGAAAUAAAUGUCACGUUCGUUUGCGCGGAAAUAAUAAAAAAACCCUCGGGUCUGUUGAUAUUGCGUCGCCGUGGAAACGAAAGCCAUUUGUAAUUUCUUUCCAAACAUCUUCUGUGCUCUGCCGCCACGAGCUUUGUUUGUAAUAAUCACGGGAGUGCUUUUUUUUUUUACGGGUGAAAAACAAGCCGUCGGAUGCGGGGAACUUCUUAUUUGGGGGUUCCAUGAUUCCAGCUGAAAGCGGAACCAAUAUGAAAACAAGCAAACGGUGAAAAACUGCCCCCCCCCCAAGUUGGUAUAGAUCCGUGGCGUAAAUCAAUAUCCGCUGGACACAUCCGAAUCUUCACCAUUGCUUGUUUUUCACUAGAAAGAAACUCUGAAACUUUUUUUUUUCUGCUCCGCGUCUGUCUUCUGUAGAUCCGCACGAGGCCAAAGCAUCCCGCCAGGGUGUGAGGCGGAAGAAUUUGCCCCCCCCCCCCCCUCCCCGACCAACUCGGGUCAUCUCACAGUCUCGGAGGCACCCCCCGAGUGGAUGAAUGCCCGAAGAAUGGCUUCUUCCUUCAGCGCCUCGCAUUCCGUUGGACUCUCGCGACAAUGAAUGGAUGUCGGAUGGACGUCGAGCGUCGCGUAAAAGACACGACGACGUGACCUCGGAGCCCGACGACUUUGGCCGCCGUUUGAGGAAGGGGGGGUGGGGGGGGGGGGGGACGAGCCGGCGAGACUUCAUUGACAUUCAUGGCCGUCAUUUAACACGUCCCGGGGUUUGAGUUGUCGAGCCUCCCCCAUCCUGUCCUGCCCCCCCCCCCACCCUCCCCCCGCCCGCCAUGGUGAUGUCCCGGGGCACGUCCACCUUCCUGGCUUGCUUCGCCGGCUUCUGGUUGGUGUGGGCCCUAGUGGUCAUGCUGUGCUGUUUCUGCAGCGUCCUGCAGCGGCGCCUCAAGCGCCGCGGCGACGCUCGCCAGAGGGGGCGCUGUCUCCGGACGGCGGAGGCGGAGACGCCGGGAUGCGCCGCCGCGCCGGCCUUUGCGCAGGCGUUGCCUGCGCCGCUGGCGAUGCCCGUGACGAUAGCGCCGCCACCGCCGCAGAUGCCACGCGACCCACCGGCGCCGCCGCUUCCACUUCAGGUUCCUCAUCCCUUGCCGGAAGCGAACUGGGUUAGCGUUCCGGAAGCAGAUCUUCUCGAGAACCCGCCCUGUUAUGAGGAGGCGGUGCGAAUGGAGGAUCCUCCGCCGCCGUACGCCGAGGUCCUGGUAGAACCGAGAGUGGGCGGCGGCUACUUGAAACACGCCGCGCUCCGGGCGGCGCCUCCGCCCCGCCGGGACCAGCGGGACCCGAGUCCAGAGACACGCAAGCCCCCGCCGCAGUCGUCGUCGUCGUCGUGCGUUUUCCCCGAGCGGGGUUACUCCUCGCUCAUCCGUUUGCCUUCAUCGCAACGCUGGGACUCGCUGGGCCAUCUCCUCUCCAACGUGGACUUGAAUCCGUUCAACCCUUACGAGCCGGUGCCGCCGGCCGUCGCCACGGCAACAAUGCCCCGUCGAGACAUCAGGACCGGACUCGACGGAGGCCGGGCGCAAGGACUCCAGGGCGGGUUGUCCGUGGGGAUUCGGGGCCACGGGACACGAGGACUGGAGCGCACUUGUGGUCUCCCCGCCGCAUUCUCCCUGUUGGGACGGAGCACAGCCGUUUAAGGAUCGACUUUUUGUGUCCGGGGAACCCUCACAUGGUUUAGGUGCCGUCAACCCUGCCAUCAAGAGCGAAAAUCCCUAAUUGGUAGUUGCUUAGAAUCUUGAAAAAAAAUAUAAGGAACUUAAAAAAAGGAAGUUAAAAAAAAACAUACAUCUUAAAUCUUCUAUCUACUCCUUUUGUUAUUAGAAAUAAAAAUACUUGAGCAAGCCCAGUUUUAAGGCUCCGGCAAACAAAACUUCAAAAUGAAGGAAUAAAACAGUUGGGGAUAGGCUACCAAAGCUCACCUGCGUCUCACGAGCUCGCGGACCCCUCAGGGUACCCAAACCCACGUUUGAGAACCACUGUCCUAGCGAGUGCGCACUCUCGAGGCGCGGAGGAUGCUAACUGACUCAAACAGAGUCCAUUUCAUCCAGAACGUCUUUAUUGUGCCGAGCUGUCGUUGCCAUGGCGCCUGGGAGCUGCGUGUUCUCCCCCCCCUCCCGCGUUGGAGCACUCGCACCGGUUGUUACUGACAUGCCACUUCCAUGUUCAGUCUUUGCAUCGUCAAAUUUCCAACAGUGGGGAAAAUAAAAGUCAUUUGUAGCUAAAGAGGCUAAGUCAGACUGCUAUUCCUGAAUUAAGAUUGGUCGCCAUCAGGUAACGGCGGCAGGGUGGGGGUGCGGGCGAUGAGUCACUAGUGAUAAGAGUGUAUUGUACAACCUAAAUAUAUAUAUGCGGAAACCGGUAAUGGGAAAUAAAAGACCAAGGCCUCGGAUUUUAAAACAGGAAUAAAUCUCCAUAUGGAUUCAAUUCAACAAGUACUUGUGGAAAUCUACAACUCUGGGCUCCGUUGGCUCUCCCAACAGCACAUGUCCAUGGCUAGCUACCUGCUCGUCGCACCACCACCACCGUCACACGUUGCAAACCCCAAACAUCAUCUAUACUACAAUAUUAGAAGUUCAAAAUUUAUUUUUUUAUCAAUAUAUACAAACUUUAGAUCAACAAAUCACAUCGUACUCACCACAGCUGUGAAUACAGAGGCUUCCGCCGGUCUGUGGCGGUCUACGGUCACUACGGUCACUCUCAUACAGAAAAAUAAAAAAAUCCCAAGUAAGACAAGUCACUCAACAAAGCAGUGUUGGUUGACCCAGCCUCAUAAAGUCUAUUUUAUACUAUUUUUAUUGAAAAGUGCACUUUGUUGGUGAAUAUUCAUUCAUGGACUGACCACGUCGUCCAUUAUAAGUCAAACUUCGGUGUACAUGGGAGUUCAACCAAUCGGAGGGCUCACACGGCAGUAGAUCUGAUUGGCUAAAUGAAUCUGCAAUGAACAACGGUGUGACGUAUAUGUGUGGUCGACACUCGCGCAUUGGACGAAAUAACACGGGCAUGGCAACACAUCGAAGCUGAAAUCUGAUUGGACAUAAAAUAAGUCAUCACAAAACAAGAGUAUCCGACCCCCCACCAAAAAAAAAAAACAACAACAACAAAAAGAAACAGACAGGUUGCACCUUUAGAAAACAAGUUUAAUUUGAAUGCAUCGGUGGACAUUUUCGAGAACAGAUCGUGACAAAUGGAAACCAUGACGUCUACUGUACGUUUCGUUUAUGUUAAGUCGAUUAUGUUAAGUAAGGAGUCAAAGAGCGUGGAUGAUCACAUGAAAACUAGCAGCGGCUUCAACCUUUCAAAAAAGAGCAAAACAAGAGCGACAAGCGCGCGCGUGUGUGUGUGUGUGUGGUUAAAGGCAUCUUCUCAGGACAACCCAAGCAGCUUCAAUUCAAAUUCAGAUUUGACUCUCAACUCAUCGUUGGCCAAAAGCAUCAAUUUUCAUCAGCAGAUUUUAAAACACUCAAAUCACAAAGUCAAAAUGAUGUUUUUCUUUUGUGUAUGUAAACCCUUUCUCAAAAGAUUACUUGAAAAACUCCCCGACCCCAAACAUGACAACCAAAUCUUUUUCAAUUUAACAAAUCAGUAAAAAAAACAAAACAAAAAAAGACAA